CGAUAAACUUUACCUCUAUUCAGUGGGACUAAAUAGGCACCCAUUGUAAACUUUAUCGCGUGGAUCGAAUCGAUUGAGGAAGAAUAUCGGCGACUACUGAGAGUGGACAGAAAUACCUAUGGAAGCGUCGACAAGGCCAAGACAGAAGCGAGAUAAUUGAUUAAUUACUUUUGAACCGGUGUGCACCGUUGCGUGGUGGUUGUCGGCGACGCCGUUUUUCAAGUGUUACCGCACAAAACCAACGCGACACCAUGCGCGAAAAGGUAUAUGGAUGGUAUCCGGCUGCUUACAACACAUACGACAACCCCUUAGCUAAGCAAUUUCCAAGAGGGAAAUUAAAAUACGAAAAAGAGGUGUUGUACCGCCACUGGAGAAGCCAGGCCAACCAUGGCACCAGAGGCGUCACACCCCCACAGCCUCCCACGCCUAUCCGCAUCAAACACGAGGCCAUGUUGCAACGCCCGGCGUCCCACGUCUCAUCUACGCCAAGAACCCCCGUGCCUAACCAGGCCAUCGUAGAACACUACCUUCGCAUUCAAGGCGGGGGAGCGAAGAGUGCGCCUCCGCCCCAAAUGUCAUUGACGCCAGGUCGCCCAAAGGCGCCAACGCCAUCGAAGAAACACGGCUGGGUCACAGAAGCUACGCCUAUUCGUGUUGGUAAAGUCGUCGCUAAGGCGCCCACGCCCGAUUCCUACGUGGAAAUGAGCAUCACACAACCAGGGAAAAACGUCCGAGUGAAAAGUGCUACAAUACGUAGAGAAGUCUCCAAACCGCCACAAAGACCUGUGAAGUCUGCAGGUCCUGUGAGACCUCGGCCCUCAGAGAGCGCGCUUUCAGAAGAACGGUUUAGUCAGCCGCCUAGUGAUAGACGGCCACACAAACCUGUCCCACCGACCCCAACCCCAGACACCACGCAAGAACAUGUUGAAGUAAAAACCCCGACGUCGAUGUCGUACGAUGAAGUGAUAGAGAAGUACGGUUGGAGGGCGGAGGUUCAGGGAGACCCUUAUGGUAUCAAAAAUACGGUUUUACCAGAAAGAUUGGCCUAUACCAUCAAAUGCCCAGAACCAGAGAUCCCACCGAAUCCACUGACUGGACAAAUGCAGAACUAUGACACUUUCUUCUAUAAUACCAUCCCCCGCAAGCCUCUGUCUUGUGUGGUGCAUCCUGAAUGGAUCUCUGAGGUUUUACAAGCAAAGAGAAUAGAACUGGCUAAAAAGGAGUCCGGCAAAAAGUAUAGGCACACAAAUUACGCCUUUUUAUACUAAAAUGUAUUCAUUAUCUGGAUAUGAAUUUUUAAAUAUUUUUUCUCAAUAUAUUGAUUAUUUAUAUGGUCGUUAACAGUUUGGCGUAUCUCGCUGAGCGAGGUUCGCGUUG